UUUAACUUACAUUGAUUAACAACAUGAAUGAAGACUGACCGAGCAAUGAGCAGCAGCUGGGCUAGGCCAAUCCAGUACUUAGGUUUGUUUCUUUCUAAACUUCAUGAUGGCAUUAAGAGCAAGCACCUUUGUUCGUUCGGUUUUGGUAAAAAGUAAACACAGGCCUAGUUCGUGUGUCACUAAACUUUCCCGAGCUAUUGGGUCGUAUGUGGAAGUUGACGACGAAGUAUCAUGCCUCACCGAAGACCAGAAACAGCUUCGUCGAACAGUUUUCCGAUUUGCCCAAGACGAACUUGCACCUCAUGCACAGGAGAUUGAUAGAACAAACGAUUUUCCGCAGAUAAGGGAGUUUUACAAAAAGCUUGGGGACAUGGGAUUCCAUGGAAUUACAGUCCCUGAGGAGUAUGGUGGUCUUGGCGGUAGCUACCUUGAUCAUAUUAUUGUUCUAGAAGAGCUGAGUCGAGCUAGCGCAGCAGUCUCGCUCAGUUAUGGCGCCCACUCGAACUUAUGUAUCAACCAAAUAGCCAAGAAUGGUAGUGAGGAGCAGAAACACAAAUACUUACCAAAGCUUAUAAGUGGUGAACACAUAGGAGCUUUAGCUAUGAGUGAAGCUAACAGUGGAUCUGAUGUUGUAUCCAUGAGCCUCAAAGCUGAAAAGAGAGGUGAUCAUUACAUAUUGAAUGGAAGUAAGUUUUGGAUAACAAAUGGUCCUGAUGCGGAUGUUCUGGUUGUUUAUGCAAAAACAGAACCAGGUCAAGGGUCACAUGGUAUUACCACUUUUCUCAUUGAAAAGGGGAUGGAAGGAUUCAGCACUGCUCAAAAGUUAGAUAAAUUAGGAAUGAGAGGCUCAAAUACCAGUGAAUUGGUGUUUGAAGAUUGCAAAGUUCCAGCUGAAAAUAUUUUGGGAGGUAUAAAUAAAGGAGUGUAUGUGUUGAUGAGUGGUCUGGAUCUUGAGAGACUAAUCCUAUCUGCUGGACCAUUAGGCAUAAUGCAAGCCUCCGUGGAUGUAACGUUCCCAUAUUUACACCAACGUAAAGCUUUUAAACAACCAAUAGGACACUUCCAGUUAAUGCAAGCAAAAAUGGCCGACAUGUACACCAGACUGAGUGCCUGUCGAUCCUAUGUGUAUAACGUGGCGAGGGCGGUAGACAGGGGUCAUGUGAAUGCCAAAGAUUGUGCUGGUGUUAUCCUCUACACAGCUGAGAAUGCAACACAGGUGGCACUUGAUGCUAUCCAGUGCUUAGGUGGAAAUGGAUAUAUAAAUGAUUACCCAACUGGUCGUUUGUUACGUGAUGCCAAAUUGUAUGAAAUUGGUGCAGGAACGAGCGAAAUUCGUAGACUCGUCAUCGGAAGAGCAUUCAAUGCAGAUUUCAAGGAAUAAAAAUAUAUACUUUGUCAUAUUUAUUAGAACAAAAAUUAUCUGAUAUACUUUCUAGAGAUCAUGUAACAUAUCUCAUAUUUAUAUCCUAAUUAUUUUAAUAACUUCAUGAUAUUUGAUGAGCUUGUGAUAAACAUGAUAUGUGUUGUAUCAAUUUAAGAUAAAGUAGUGCGCCAUUGUUGAAAUUCAGUGUAAAAUACAUCAGUUUUAAUAUUGAUGACAACUCCUAAUUCUAAAAUAAGAAUAAAUAUAAAUAAAUAAAAAAUUAAAAUUGAACACUGAAAUAGUAUGUUCAGUGGCUGCAUAAUACCAGACAAGGUUGGGAUGUGUGUUGACAUCCAACUUCUUAUUGUUCUUCCAACAAAAUACAGUACAUCAAUGUAAAAAAAUCUAAUGAUGUUAAUAAAGGUUUCUAAAUUUAUUGCA